CCUGCCGUCCAGGAGGGGGGUAGACACGCUGCCCCGGGAGCGCCCGUGCAGCCCGAGAAAGAAGGUAUCUCUUGGAGGGCCGCCAUGAUUUCUGACAUCCCGCUCAGCAAGGCCUGAGUCAUGGGCACCUGCUCCCUGAGAGGAUGUGGAACUGAAUCUAAAACUUGCCUCCUUCACGGCCCAUCACAAACCCUCUCUCAUUCGGCCUUUCUCCCCUCUGGGCACACGCUUUCCACCUUUUCCUGCUGGCCCUGAUCCCCAGCUCCCCGUUCUUCCUCUCACUUUGGGCUCCGAGUGUCUUGUCUCCCGAGUGGAUCUAGGCUAGUAGAGGUGGACAGUCCCAGAAGCUCAGGGCAGUGCUCUCAGGACUGGGCCUUGUGUGGGACUCAGCUUUGGAGCUGGAUAACCAGGCCGGUUUCCAGGCGGCCCCCCUGAGGAUUCUGACUGCGAAGGCUUGAGGGAAGAAGCCCGGGUACCGACUGGCCGCAGACACCCCGAGCAUUGUCAGGACUCGGAGCCGGUGACGGGGAGCUGCUGUCCACCCCCGGCCUUCCCCCCCCAACCCAGCUUCAAGAUGCUGAGCCUGAAGCUGCCCCGGCUGUUUAGCAUCGACCAGAUGCCCCAGGUGUUCCAUGAGCAGGGCAUCCUCUUCGGCUACAGACACCCGCAGAGCUCCGCCACUGCCUGUAUCCUCAGCCUUUUCCAAAUGACCAAUGAGACUCUCAACAUCUGGACUCACUUGCUGCCCUUCUGGUUCUUCGUGUGGAGGUUUGUGACCGCCUUGUAUGUGACAGACAUCCAGAAUGACAGCUACUCCUGGCCUCUGUUCGUGUACAUGGGCACCAGCUGUGUGUACCCCCUCGCGUCCAGCUGUGCACACACCUUCAGCUCCAUGUCCAAGAAUGCCCGGCACAUCUGCUACUUCCUGGACUACGGGGCCGUCAACCUCUUCAGCCUGGGCUCAGCCAUCGCAUACUCGGCCUAUUCGAUCCCGGACGUGAUGGUGUGCACCACAUUCCAUGACUACUACGUGCCCCUGGCCGUGCUGAACACCAUCGUCAGCACCGGCCUCUCCUGCUACUCCAGGUUUCUUGAAAUCCCGAAGCCCGGGCUCUGUAAGAUGCUUCGUGUCCUGGCCUUUGCUUAUCCCUACACCUGGGACUCCCUCCCCAUCUUCUACAGGAUGAUCACCGUCAGGAUGGGAAUUCUGCUCACACAGUCCCUGAGUUCCUUUCCAAGCCACAGACCUGAGGAGCUGUUCCUGCUCCCCGGGGAGAGUGUGCAGAAUGAAGCCGUCCUGAACCACCAGAAGCACAUGGCCAUGACCCUCCUGGCCUCUUUCUUCUACUCCGCGCACCUGCCAGAGCGCCUGGCACCUGGACGCUUCGACUACAUCGGUCACAGUCACCAGCUGUUCCAUGUGUGUGUGAUCCUGGCCACUCACAUGCAGAUGGAAGCCAUACUUCUGGACAAGACUCUGAGGAAGGAAUGGCUCCUGGCCCACUCCAGGCUCCUGUCUUUCCCUCAGAUAACUGGAGCCAUCCUUCUGUGCCUCAUCUUCAGCCUCAGCAACAUAAUUUAUUUCUCAGCUGCUCUGUAUCGGAUUCCUGAGCCAGAAUUACAUAAAAAAGAAACAUGAUUCAGACCAUAUGCUUCUUGUGCCAGAUGUCAACCUUAAGCUACAACAUCCUAACCACCAUAAGCCAGCAGCAGGGUACCCGUUUCCAAAGGUCUAAAGUAUUCACAAUGGCUGAUGUCUUGGCAUUUUUGAGUGGGUUCAUGUCAAUAAGAUAUUGAACUGGGGAAAUUUCUCUAGAGGUGCACUGAUUCUGUAUUAUGAUUUUAAAAGGGGAAGAUUCUUAAUAUUUCAUUAAGUUUUAAAUUGAUUUAAAAUGGGUUUUUCAAUUCUAUUUAAACAGUUGGAUUAAGCAUACCACCCUUGUAUUGUAGCUUGACUAUUAAACACUUGAACGAAGCUUUA